AUGGAUGAACAUUCUAAGUCAGACGAGAUUAAAUUUGGAUUAGUGGUAUUAUGUGGAAUACCAGGAAGUGGGAAAUCUACACUAGCAAACGGUUUAAAGAAUUACCUCCGGGAAGCAAGUGAUAAGACACAUGCCAUCCAUAUAUGCUAUGAUGAACUAUUCCCCAGCGAUUUAGAGAGAGAGAUUAUAACGCAGUCUCAAUACAAUAGUGAUGAAGGAGAGGGAAUUUCAAAAUGGAAAUCAUAUAGGAAAGCAAUAUUUAAUUCAGUUGAGGGAUUGAUUGGAAAAGUAAUGCUGAAACAAGUCAAUCCUAAUACGGAUGAUAUUGAAUCAGAAGAGGACAGAUUGCUGUUUGAAACUAUCCAAAGGACCAUACAUAAGAAAUAUGAUGAGAUAUUCUCCGGCAUAAGGACAGAUGUUAAUAAUGUUGUGUUAAUAAUCGAUGACAAUAUGUAUUAUAGAAGUAUGAGAUAUUCUUAUUUCCAGUUGGCAAAGAAGUAUAGCACUGGAUUUGUGCAGUUUUAUAUUAAAUGCCCAACAGAUUUAGCAUUAGAGAGAAAUCAUGCAAGGGGUGAACCUGUGGACAAGGAUAUUAUCUUAACAAUGGAUACAAGAUUAGAACCCCCAAAUCCAGAGUUAAACAAAUGGGAAGAAAACAGUUAUGUUAUAGACAGUAUGGAAACUGAUAUGAAUGCACGUUUUUCUUUUGUUAUAGAUAAAAUUGAACACUGUUUGAAAAAUCCUAUUCCUCUUGAAAUUGAAGAAAAUGUGGAGGAAAAAGAAGAGUCUAGAGUAAUUUGCUCUAAGAAUACCUUACAUCAAAUUGAUCAAAUUCUCAGAAAAAUUGUUCAAGAUCACAUGAAACAUUCUGCCAGAAAUGCAGCCAAUAUGGCUGAACAAGGAAAAAUUGCUAAUGCCACAAGAAGUUAUAUAUUUAGUCAUUUUAAACUUGGAAAAUUAACAUUGGCUUCAAUGGAUGAUGUAACUGACUCAAGUAAAGAUAAAAAUAGUACUCUGUAUAAACAUGUCUCUGAAUUAUUCAAAGCAGAAAUAAACAAAUAUAAACAGUAA